CCUUUGAAGUUCUUUACCACUCCAGUCACUUGGAUGGGCCGAUACGGUUACGAUCGCGUGGGGCGUGAACCAUCCGGUAAAAGGCAGCAUGCGGUUCCUAAAUCCGAGCUGGGAAUCUCAUCAAUGGGCAGUGUUUCUGGAGGAUGUGAUACCUUAGUACUUGAAACCGCACCAGAAAAAAGGGCACCAAAAAGAGAAGCAACUGUCCGAACGCAAUCAAAAAUGGGAGUACUUACCGCAGUUCUGGCUGUUCUAUUCUCUCAAUAUGUUAUUUGUGUAGCACUUGCCAUACUUAUCGUUUUACACCAUAAUCGCUCAAUAGAUUGGUUUCCAGCACUCAUCGAAGUCACAGGAAAGGGUUAUCCGAAAUCAAUUGAUGAGAUUGAAUAACGAACAUUCUAUCAAUACUUUCAAUACUCAUAAAUGUCUACUCGCACUCUGUUUUGG